AUGGAAGCUGCACGCACUGAAGCCAUCCCUGAAUCUGCAAUGCAGGUUUAUAACACCAGGUGGCAACUGUGGCAGUAUGUGGGCAGCCUGGAGCUUGCUGCAGGCCAAUACAACAAGGUGAUUCAAUCUGUGCUGGACAUAGAGAAUCCCUUAAUUCAGAGCCAGCUCAGGGAUAUUGACUACCAGCUAAAAAAAGCGGAAGAGGGUCUGAGCUGGAACUGCCAAGGCAUUUGGCAGUAUAUUCAAGAGUUGCGCGAUUCUGUGUGUGACUUGGAGUUGCGACUCCAAACGGCCAAAGACAAUGUGGAGGAGAUCCAAACCUGUAUCAAGUCCUGGGCAAGUCCCAUGUUUGACAGGAAGGAUGGUAAAAAAGAUACUCUGCUCAAUCUGGAGGAUCGCUCUGAAAGGCUAGACUGGUUUUAUAGUAUGAUACGAUUAUGUGGAGAGAAGAUCCAUUUCCUCAUUAAGAGGAAUCUUGAGCUUUUUAGGGCAGAUCCGUCCUCAGAUGAAUGGAAAGCCUAUGUGGAGUACGUGGACGACAUGGUCAUCAACGGAUUCUAUAAUUGCAUUGAGUGCUCACUCAAGUUCUUCCUGGAUAAUACUGACGAAAAAAACGUUCCAGUGCCUCUUUUUGAGGCCAAACUAGAUCUGAAAGUUCCAGACAUGGUGUUCAUUCCCUCUCUGGAGUUUGGAGAAAGAGACAGUUUGUUUGAGCUGGUGGAGAGUUUCAUCAAUUCUGUGUUCAGGGUGUCUUCACUGGUGCCACGCCUCGCUCAGCACUGUCCCCACCCUCACUACCAGGCGGACAUGGAAGACAUGGCUGACUUGGCAGACAUGCGUCACCUCCUCAUGGAUCGCGUUAAGAGCGUCAUGGCGACUUGCUGCGGGUUCCGCAACUCUUUAGAGCGGUACAGGUACCUGUAUAUAGAUGACAGGAACGAGGUCCUGCGUUACUUCCUCCGAUAUGGCCACAUUUUGACCUGCCAUGAGAUGGAGGUUCAAGCUGACAAUGGUAUCCUAGAAAGACCACCAACACUCCACGACUUUAAACAACAGGUGGACAGGUAUGAGAAGAUCUAUGAAGAAUUGCAGAGUCUGGAGCCAGUAAAUGUCUUUCAUUGCUGGAUGCGGGUAGACGGGCGUGGCAUGAAGGUGGCCUUGCUCAACAUCGUCAAGAAAUUGAGUUUUAUGUUCAAACAACACCUCAUUGACCAUGUAAUUAACAGUCUGUCAGAUCUUGAGAAUUUCAUCAUCAUGGCUGAGACUGGUCUGAGCCAGCAAGUGGACAAAGGGGACUACAAUACACUGGUGGGAGUGAUUGGACACCUCCAGGCAGUCAAGGAGAGACAGCACAGUGCAGACAUGAUGUUUGAACCACUGCAGCAAACUAUAGCUUUGCUAAAGGACUAUGAACAGGAAGUGCCUAAUGUUGUACACAAACAGUUAGAAGAAUUACCGGAAAAGUGGACCAAUGUGAAAAAGAAUGCUAUGCUUGUCAAACAGCAGGUGGCCCCGCUGCAAGCCAUUGAAGUGGCAAAUUUACGUAGAAAGUGUGCUUCAUUCGAGGUUACGCAACACACCUUCAAGGAACAUUUUCGCAACAAUGCGCCCUUCAGAUUUGACAGCAACAAUCCACACCAGAUGUUGGAUUCAUUUCAUGGUCAGAUCCAAGAACAGGAGGCAGUGAUGACCUCCCUGGUGGAGUCUGCUGUCUUGUUUGAAGUCACAGUUUCUGAGUACAAACAGCUCCAACAAUGCAGGCGUGAGAUAGGCCUGCUGAAGGCCCUGUGGGACAUGAUCACCGUGGUGGAAUCCUGCAUGGCGUCAUGGAAAAUGACACCCUGGAGAGAAAUUAACGUGGAGGACAUGGAGCUUCAGUGCAAAUGCUUCUCCAAAGAUAUUCGGGGACUGGAUAAGGAGGUUCGAGGGUGGGAAGCCUUCACAGGUUUGGACAGCAGUGUGAAGAACCUUCUCAUUUCCUUGCGGGUUGUGGCAGAGCUCCAGAACCCAGCUAUACGGCCUAGACACUGGCAUCAACUAAUGGCUGCUACUGGAGUCCGUUUCACCAUGGAUCAGGAAACAACUCUGGCUGUCCUGCUUGAACUGAACCUGCAUUGUUUUGAAGAGGAGGUGCGAGGGAUCGUCGACAAAGCUGUUAAAGAGAUGGGAAUGGAGAAAGUCCUCUCAGAGCUCAACUCCACAUGGACAGGUCGGGCUGAAACUUCCAACCCAGUUUUUUGCCAUACUGUCUAG